UACUGCCCCAAAUCUAAGCAGCUGUCUCCGAGUGACUACUUAUAGCUGUGGGCGCUUCACGGUAAAAUGCUGUCCCCGGUGAACCGAAGUUGCACAUCUAGGUUUGAACAAACGUGCCAGUGGAUGUGGCAUCAUGUGCCAGUGCAAGCGAUGUCCACGAUAGUCUAUGAUCUACAUUUUUAUUGCAAGAUUGCCACGGUGAGCACGCAAGUAGCAAUUCAACGUUGUCUUAGCGUUCUGAGGUGCAAGUAUCAUUGUGUCAUACUGCUCUUUCAAAGGCAUGCCAAUGGGACCCUGUGCGCUCCUUGUACUCGUCCGUCGCUGGACGACAAGUAUUUAAUCCUUUAGUGAACGCAUCUGCGGAUCAUUGAAAUGUCCGAGUCUGUGGUCAUGCAUUCAUUACAUCAUUCUCAAUCGCACUCCGCAAGCUUGGAGCGUGCGAGUUCAGCCCAGGACAAGGCCAUGUUGCAACGGCAGUACAGGGCAAAGGAAACGCAUGCACUUGCGCAACUCCAAAAAUUACUUCAUGACAUCUCUCCAGGCGCAGAUACCUAUGUGACUCGACUUGGGACGAUUAUUCAAGCUACAGAAGUGAUUAAAUUCCUUCAUUAUCGCAACACCAUGUUGGAGGAACUCCAUGAAUCGCCACAUCCGGAACCAGGCUAUGGUGCCACGGCCUCGAUCGACUGUCAUCUGGUCCAACACCCAUUGGCUGACUGGAAAUGGGGCAAUGACCAUGUGGAUGAAAGACACCAACACUCGGAUGGCGCGUGGAACCCAGGUUGUCCGACAUCUUUAGAUGGUGUCGCGAUGUCUAGCAACAGAUCCGUCUGGUACUAGCUAGUGGUAACCUCGAGACGGGUUUUAAUUUCGUCUCAGUUGAGCUCGCUGCGACCGAUUGAACAUAUGAAAC